CUGAAGCUGCCGCUAUAUAUUGUAUGAGAACAUUAAAGGAACAUAUGAUUACUGAAGUUGGCAGUUCAUUUAUGAUAGUGGAUUGUGGCGGUGGUACUGUAGAUCUUACAACGCGGGAGUUAUUGGAAAAUAAUAGACUAGGUGAAAUUACUGAACGUUCAGGUGAUUUCUGCGGUGGGACAUAUGUAGAUAAAGAGUUUAUAAAAUUUUUAAAGCGAAGGGUUGGUGACUCGGCUAUAAGUCUGCUGCACGAAAAUCACUACGGCCAAUUACAAUAUAUGGUACAAGAAUUUUGUCGCCGUGUCAAGUUACCAUUUACAGGUAACAAGAAGGACUUCAAAACUUUUGAACUUGACAUCGAAGAAGUAUGUCCAGUGCUGAAACAAUAUGUGUCAGAAACUACAAAAAUAAAAUUAGAUAAGGAUGACUGGAUAAUCGAUUUAGAAUUUGAAAACGUUAAAGAAAUGUUUGAUCCUGUAGUAGGCAAGAUUAUUAGAUUGAUUAGCAAUCAGCUUAAUGCCGGUGCCGGUUCAGGAACUUGUGCUGCAAUGUUUCUGGUUGGUGGGUUUAGUGAGUCCAAAUACCUUCAGACGAGAAUUAAACAAGAGUUUGGAGCUCAGUCCACUGAAAUUGCUGCUAUUGUAAGGGGUGCAUUGGACUAUGGUCUAAACAUGAAAACUAUUAAAACUAGAGUCCUAAAAUGGACCUAUGGCAUUGAACUGUCACCACAAUGGAAAAAAGGUGAUCCGCCGGAACGUAAGAUUUCUCAUGGACGUAUCAAUGUUUUUAGUAAACUUGUCUCUCGUGGAACAAUAGUUGAUGUAGAUGAAGAAUUUGGUAAAGAAUUAUUCCCAAGUAUAGAAGAUCAAUCAGCUGCUAGUAUGAAAAUUUACAAAACUCCAGCAUAUGAUGGAAAAUACCCUGAUGAACCGGGAAUGGAAAAAUUAGGUGAAUUGAUAUUGGAUUUUCCGGAUUCGCACUUAGGAUUUAAUCGAAAGUUGGAAUUUACCUUAACGUUUGGGCAAAUGGAAAUUCGUGCAUAUUGUAAAAAUCAAAAUGGAAAAAGCGUUGAUGCUAUAUUCAAUUUAGAAUUUUAA